UCUUCAAGCUCCACUUUGUCUCUGCCACGUUGACAAGAAGAUGCCUUCUGGACAAGCAAACACUUCAGCCAGCGUUUGUCAGCAUGUCCCGUUAAUCCUCUUUGGCCACUGCCUUAAAAAUAAUAGCCAACAAUGAGUCGAAGUAGUUUAGCCUUCAUCACAGAUUAGAAAGCCACAAUGCGCCGACGGGUGGUUAAUCCAGCGCCAUUAUUUCAAAGGUCAGCCAUUUUGGAGGAAGUCAUCUUGCUUUCUGCUGCUCAAAGACGUCCCGCCGUUUCGUUAUCAAGGGUCCAAAGUCAUCCACUGCAUGACUUUAAUGAACUUGUGUGAAGACAACACACUCGAACCGGGCAAUCGUUGUGCGCGUCCCUCUAUUACGUUCAGCUAAUUUUCGGAGCGCAACGGGAGAACCUACGAUGACGUUCGCGACAAAAGCCAACGUGGACGAUGGCGCGGCUCUCCCGAUUGGUAUAAAAGAAGGCUCCCAAGGCUUUGAGGUCGCGACUAGAACCUGAGACAUCUGCGGAGCGAUUCGUCCCCGAAGCCGAGCGGUCUCCCGAAAAGAUCUUCACGAUGAGAAAGUCCCUCGUGUGCGUCAUCUUGGCCGCGGCGCUCUUGCAGCACUCUUGUUGCGCGUCGCCCGCGGACCUGGCUCAAGACGGCUCCUUGGAGCAGGACGCCUUCACCUCCCUGCUGAGCGAGGAGGUGACGGAGAACAGCCGCGGCGAGGCGGCUGCCGUCGCCGACGGCAAAACCAGAGGGCAGAGGGUCAUCGUUGUUGCCGAUCCCGGUUUUUGGCGUGACCUGCGUGCGCUGCACAACGGACCGGCCCUCUACAAGCGACGAGCUGAUGACAACGGCCAGGCCGUCGAACGUACAAACGGCGGCCAGGACCUGAGCAUCCCCAUCCUGAGGCGGGACACCGUGAGAUGCAUGGUGGGACGAGUCUACCGGCCGUGCUGGGAAGUCUAGGACAGUUUGGACAGCUGAAUUGUAAUAUAUGCCAAAAUGAUGUGUCCCCGAUGACCUCACGGCACAUUUGAGAUUAAAGCCAAUUCAUUGUA